AUGCAGCAAGAGGCCCGCAAUACUGAGACACAUACCCGAAGCUGGUCACAUAGCAAUCUUCGACACAAGUCAGUUCAGUUUGUGAGCGCGGGACAGUUGCAGCGAACCGAGCAGGACAUUGAGGAAGAAGAAAGCAGUCAGACAAAAACCCAGUUGGAGGUGACAGAGCUGGAAUUUCAAGAACAGUCCGAAGAAAAGGAAGAUGCCAGUGAUGAUUUCUUCUUCCUUGAUGCCACAGGGGGUGAGGCUGUGCAUACGGGUCUUCCAGACCCGACACUGCACUCGGAUCUCUCUGACACCGAAGGCAGUGAAGAUGAAGUUGUGUUUACUGGACGUCGGAAGCCCGUAGUGAUCGAAACCGAUGAAGCGGAGCUUCAACAGUACCUGCAAACCACCCAGAAUGCGCUACCCCAGGCAUCUGCUAGCUCAGAAGACUUGCAGCUCAAUUACCAGGCGACUGUCGCUGAAACACAUCCCGCUCCACGGACACAAUGGAGACACAUUCCGCUACAAAAUGGACAAGUCCAUGAACUGGCAGAUCGCAGGGCUAAUAUAGACCAUGGCUAUGACCAAGAACACACUCAAGUAUCCACCGAAGCUGAAGGUGGGAUUGGGGUGGAUAGACACCUUGCAGGGCCAGGAUCGGAUACCGAGAGACUCCAAAGCGUCCAGGCUCAAAUGUCAGAUAUCCAGCUGGAGCAGCAUGCUUCCAAGGACCAGCCGAUUGAAGACGCCGAAGAUGCCGAGGUCAUAGGAUCACUCGAUGUACUCUCUCAAAUGUAUUUGGACACCGGACCAGACUCGUCAUCCACAUCAGAGGACGAUGACGUCGACUUGGAUUCACUUAACGAAUUCGAAGAAGAGAUGGAUGAUAUGGACGAUGAGGGGUUACUCGAAGAAUUGGCCACCAGCUACUCUGCCGGGAAGAAGGGCAACCGUGGAAACCACACUUUCCUAACGGCAACAGCAUUCGCAGAUGCGCUCGACGCAGAUCCGUACUAUGGUCUCGACAUCAUGGAUUUUGAGCGGCCCAGCCUACAGAAAAGAUCCAAGGGCAAAAACUCACACUUGCUCGAGGGUAUUAUACUGUCCGACAGUGACCUAGACAGUGACCUAGAGAUCCUCCAAGACGCCUGGGAAACGGAUCGCAAGAAGAAGAAGGCCAAGAAGCAGGAGCGAGAAGAGCUACGGGCACAAGGCUUGUUAGGCAGGAAGUCCACAGAUCCGGAUCUGAAGGUUAAAUAUGCCAAGGGGAUGAACCUGGAUGAUCUGAUAUCUGAGAUUCGGACGUUCCUCCUAUCCCCGAAGAGCAGUCUUGCACUGCCACCCAUGACCAAACACCGCCGAAAGACCAUCCAUGAGCUGGCAAACAAGGUGAAUUUGAAAUCGCAAUCCCGGGGUAAUGGGUUGACUCGCUUCCCUAUUCUCCUGAAAACAUCCCACACCCCCAAGUAUACUCGCAAGACUAUCCCUCAGUUUGAUAAUCUUUUGUCCGGUAGAAAGCUGAAUCGUCGGCUUUACCAGUCAUGGGGCCCGGAUGCGUCCAGACCAACCAAAGCUAAGCGAGGUGGCGGCGGUGGCGGUGGUGCUGUGUCUUAUAUGGAUGGCGAUGUGGUUGGAGCCUCGGCGCCUGAGAUUGGCGCAGGAAAUCGAGGACGCGCCAUGCUGGAGAAAAUGGGAUGGAGCAGUGGCACGGCUCUUGGAGCCUCCAAUAACAAAGGAAUCCUACAGCCUGUCACCCAAGUGGUCAAGAACUCACGGGCGGGUUUAGGCUAG